AAGAUGAUGAGUUGAAUGGCAGCAGACGUCGUCUCGGUCAUCCUCGGAGCUCCUCUUUUGCUUUCUUUCUCUCUCAUCUCUCUCAUCUCUCUCAUCUCUCUCUCUCUCUUUCUCCCCCUCUCUCCCUCUCUCUUCAUCGCCUCGUUCUUCCACAAACUACUCCACCCUCCUUACCUCUCUUUCCUCUCCUCGACCCCCUUCAUUCCGCCCCCACCCCUCCAAACAACAACAACAACAACAACAACAACAACAACACAUGCACACAGCCAUCGCCCUCGUCGCCCUCGCGGCGGCAGCCCCCGUCUUCGCCCAAGGCCCCGAUGUUGCUGCCUGGAACGAGGCCAACCGUGAACUCGGCUGGGCCGUUCGCCGUGCCGUCGAGGAUGACCCUCAAGGCACUGACCAGCUCGACAUCCCAGACGGCGUCAAGGAUUCACAGAGCUUCCUUAUCGGCGACGGCAGUGAGGAUUACAAGCCGUACAGCGUCCCGUGCCCCACGGGCGUCAACUGGAUCCGCUCAGCUAGACAGGGCACCAGCCAGAGCGAGAGGGAUUACCUAGCCAGGCGCCAGCCUGCAAUGGACCAGGCCUUCCAGAGCAUGAUGACCAAGGCGGGCCUCUCUCAGAUGCCGCCUCGCACUCCCGUGGUCGCGCUCAGUCUCUCGGGUGGCGGCUACCGCGCCAUGAUCAACGGCCUCGGCAUGACCCAGGGCAUGAUGAGCCAGAGCCCAGAGUCUUCCAGUGCCGGCACUGGCGGCUGGCUCGAUGCUGCGUCCUACAUGGCCGGCCUGUCCGGCGGCUCGUGGGCCACUGGCUCAUUCAUGGCCAACGGUGGUAUGCUCCCUACCGACAUACUGCAGAACGUGCUCAACCUCGACUCGAACCUCAUCUUCCCCUCCGAUGGCAAGGUGUCGUUCUACCUUAACAUGCUGUCCAACGUGCGCGCCAAGGCCGCCGAGGGCUUCCCUACUCAAAUCACCGACUACUGGGCCCUCGCUCUCGGCGACCACCUCCUGCCGAAGCAGUGGCGCCUUGACACGUCGCCCAACAUUACCUUCUCCGGCCUCCUGAGCAAUAUCUCCCAGCUGCAGAACGCUGAGCUGCCAGUGCCCAUUAUCAUCGCUGCCGAGCGUGAGCCAGGAGAGGUAGUCGUGCCCUCCAACUCGACCGUGUGGGAGUUUACGCCAUGGGAGUACGGCUCAUGGGCUAUUGGCCAAAACAACAACAAGACCGCUGGCUUCUUCACACCCAUCGAGUACAUUGGCACGCGCAUGAGCGGCGGCCAGCCCGUCGACAUGAACAAGUGCUACAAGGGCUUUGACCAGAUGAGCUUUGUCAUGGGCACGUCGUCGACGCUGUUCAACGGCGGUCUGCUUCAGCUCGCGCAACUCAACUCGUCCGGCCUCGUCGAUUUGCUCAAGGACAUCCUCGCCGACGUAUCGCAGGACAAGAACGAUGUGGCCCAGUACGUCAACUUUGCCGCCAACUACACCGAGCUGCCUAAUGCCGUCUCCAACCUUGAGUACCUGACCAUGGUCGACGCUGGCGAGACGAAUCAGAACAUCCCCAUUGAGCCUCUCCUUAUGUCCGGUCGCCAGGUAGACGCCAUUGUCGCAUUUGACAAUUCGGCCGACACGACGUACUCGUGGCCGAACGGCUCUUCGCUCUGGACGACCUACGACCGUGCCCUCAAGUUCCAGGAGACGUUUGGCAUCACUAUUAGGAUGCCCAGGGUGCCAUCGACGAACGGCUUUGUCAACCAGGGUUUGAACCAGCGCCCCGUCUUCUUUGGUUGCAACCAAACGGACACGCCCAUGGUCGUCUACAUUCCGCACUACCCGUGGACUUGGUACAGCAACUCGUCAACUUACCAGCUGCAGUACGACACGCCGACGGCGCUCGAGCAGAUGGAGAGUGCGAUGCGCUCGGUCACUCUGAACGGGACUGUCCCGGAGUGGCCCAGGUGUCUCGCAUGUGCCAUGUCGGACCGCUCGUUUGGCUACACUGCCGCCAAUCGCACCCAGGAGUGCCAGGAUUGCUUUGACACGUGGUGCUGGGAUGGGACGGACAUGAACCAGGCUGUGCAGGGCGAGUACGAGCCGGUGAUGGGGGUGACCCCGACAUGGCUCGCUGAGAAGGGCCUGUCGAACAAUGUGCAGACGUCGGGCAUCACGCUCGCGUCUGCCACAGCGGCGGCGGCCUCGGCCAAGCCGCUUCUGGGCGGGGCGUCCAUUGCAGCCGCGCUCGCUGCGGCGGCGCUUGGCGCCAUGAUGACUGUCUUGCACUAAGUUGUCGCCCGUGCUUCUGUUCGAGCUGGCUCGGGCGAAGACGUAUAAUGGGUAGCGAGGCGCUUUGACCUUGUCUACCUUACUGUAUCUAUACUCAUUCUCAUUACUAGAUUUAGACAUGCAUGGGGAGUGUCGAUG